AUGAAUACCGUCAUGCAAUCCUCCCUCUCCGAGGUCGAGGCUAAAGUCAAUGCGCUUCUCACGACUCUCACUACCUCCCCAACUGCUGCUGGAGCGCCGGCUGCAGCAGUCGCCCUACUCAACGCAGACGACGCCCUCUCAUCCUCCUUAAGAGCACUCCGAAGACACCAAGAAAACUACACCAAAAUCCUCCAACUCCGCGCGGAAGCACAAAGGCUAGAGGAGCGAGUGAAAUCAAUUGUUAAAGACGUUGAAGAAUUCGACAAGGAGAUCCAAACAGCCUGCGGCGAUGACGAAGAGAGCGACAGUGAUCUCGAUUCCAACGACGAAUACGAGACCAGCCGGAAAUCAUCUCGAAAAGAGAUCGACUACAGACUUCUACUUGAUUUUGCGCGUCGCAUCAGCAAGUACAAUCAUGAGGCCGCCGCAGAUGCAGAGAAUGGGGCUUUUGCUUCAGGUAAACAGCCGGGCUCGCGACUACAGAUACCAGACAAGGAUAUGACUAUGACGGGCACGGGUGCGAAUGGAGAGCCCACCACAGAGCAAGGGGCUGAGCCGGUGUCAUCAGUCACAAAGACUGCGACACAGUGGCUGGACGAUUCUGCAAAUGUUACGCGCGAAAUUUACAUGUUGCCAUACCCGAUGGAGGAACGGAUACGAAUGGGAUUAAUGGGCCAGGUUCAGCUCGCCGCGGGCACUGAUCCUGAUAAGGAGGUGGAACGAUUGAUCUGUGAAGCUGAAGGGCUUGGGGUUGCAGAACCUCCUGCACCACCUCCACCUGUCGACUCAAGACAAGAAGAAGCUGCUAAUGCUGCAGCACAGGCUGCUUCGGCUGCUACUGGUGUGGUCCGACCACCGCCGCCGGUCGCGGCACCUGCGCCAAAGCCAAAGCCCAAGGCUACUCUUGAUCUUGAUCUGUACGACCCUGACGACGAUGACUUUUGA